AUGCAGCGGCAAGGAUGGCGUCGUUUUAUUUUAUAUAAUAUGUUGUGGUCUUUUAAUUCUCUGAUGAGUACACGGCGUCAAAUCUCAUCACUCCCAACACAGGCAGAUAUAGCACCUACACCUCGUCGUGUGCGUCUCGUUUCUUCUUCUUCAUCUAAUAGCAAUACGGCUUCCUUACCAGAUCCACUUCCAAUUGAUAGUGAAAAUCUUCAGACUGACCCAAAUGAUCCUUAUGCACAUGUUCGUAUUUACCGUAAAGAUAUGGUUUCCGAUGCUGGUGGACGUGCAUUUCAAUUAAGUGUGGAUGUACCUUUAAAGAAGUUUGUAGAUCUUUUUAGCGAUUUUGAUGGUAAAAGGUGUAAAUUGUGUAAUGAGAGUUAUAUGCAGUGGCACAGUCAUAGCGGUGUUAUCCCUCAUUCUGGACGUGAAGCUUUAAUGUUAGAAAUGGUACGUGCAUACUGUGGAACACCAGAGGAAAUUGUAAAAAUGUGGUGGCAUCGUCUUAAUACUUCUCCUGUUUUUAAUCGUAUUCCUUCAUUAAGUCAUGAUAAUAGUCAUAUUCGUAAGCGUCGAUUACAGUACCUUUUAAAGUUUUUAAAAGAUCGAGAUGUUAUUCGUGAUACAUUUAAUGUUCAUCAAAGUGCAGGAGGUGCUGGACGAUCUUGGGAGUUUGAACGUCUUGAGUGGGUUGGAGAUAAUGUGGUGAAAUAUGUUUUUAAUGAUCGUUUUAAUGUUUUAUUUCCUGUUCGAGAAGGUGGUAUUCGUGGACGCCUUGGAUAUGCACAGUUUAUGAUUGAUGGAAAUGAUGGUUUAGCUCGUGCUUAUGAUUAUCUUGAAUUACAAAAGUUAACACUAAGUGAUCGUGUAGUAAGCAAGUUUAAAAGUGAUGUUGUAGAGACAUUAUUUGGGGAAUUACAAUUAUUUCUUUGGUCUUCUGAAAUUGAUAUUGGCACAACAUACUUUGAAUUACCUUUUACAAAUGAAAUGUUUCCACUUCGAGCACUCGUCUGGCAUGUUAUGGAAGAAUUAGCACAUGUUAUGAUUAUGUACCAUAUUGAACACAUCCUUGCAGCGAUUCAACGUAUUGUUCGGGAAAAUCAACUGCAGUUUAUUCGCGCAGAUCCAGCAUUACGUGGACACACAGAUUUACAACAUGAAUUAGCAAGUUCACUUUACGCUAAGAAAACAGUAAUUGGACCAAGCAAGUUGACAGGAACAAAGGUAACACCUAAUCUUCGAUUUAAAGAAGGAUCUGCCGCAUUAUAUCAUGAAUCCUCUAAUUAUGAUGGAUUUAAACGUGUUUACACACUUGGUGGUCUCUUACCAAGACCUUUUGCACGAGGAGAGUUAGCCGCCACACCGUCAUUUCUACCUCAUUUACAGGAAGAUAACAUAUUAUCAUCUAGAGUACCACACGAUUGGUGGAUGAAAGUAAUGGAUACAACAAAGGAUGACUCAAAAACACGAGAGGAGGUGAGUACUUUAAUUUCUUCACAUACAUCAUCUGCUUUAACUCCGGAGCCUAGGCGUGUGACUACAGUUGUUACACCUCGUUUGAGUGUGCCAGAGUUAAAGGAUGCUCAGUUGGUUGCUGAGUUAAUCUAA